AUGCUGAGGUUCUACUAUGCUAUUUGCUGCCUCGUGAUAGCAUUACAGUUCCAAAGGUCAUCGGCCAUCACUUUUGGAGAAUUAUUCAGUGGUGCCAUUGAAUCAAUAAAAAAUUCGAGCACCGUGACAAAGAUCAGAGAUUGGGCAGCAGGUCUGGAACAAUGGUCCAGCACGGAUUGGGAAUGUGGUGCUGAUCGUAUAUGGCCGACUAAGCUUUUUUCAAAAGCUAUGGCACAGAAAAAAUGUCCGACGGUACUUGAGCAAAUCAACAGCGCAUGUCGAUGGCAUGAUAUUUGCUAUUCACAAGGUUUAGAAGGGCAGAAUGCAUGCGAUACGAAGUUCUGCGAUGCCCUGCACGCUAUAAACUACUCCAGCGAGGCGGAAAAGAAGGCGUGUGACUUGCCGGAAACAAUGUGCGAUACGGUAAAACUUGGUGGAGCACUUAUCUACCGUGAUAAGACGCAACAAUGA